GGCCCCGCGCGCGCCUCGAGGCCGAGUCAAGAAACUAUGUUCCAACUUCCUGUCAACAAUCUUGGCAGUUUAAGAAAAGCCCGGAAAACUGUGAAAAAAAUACUUAGUGACAUUGGGUUGGAAUACUGUAAAGAACAUAUAGAAGAUUUUAAGCAGUUUGAACCUAAUGACUUUUAUUUGAAAAACACUACAUGGGAAGAUGUAGGACUGUGGGACCCUUCACUUACAAAAAACCAGGACUAUCGGACAAAACCUUUUUGCUGCAGUGCUUGUCCCUUUUCCUCAAAAUUCUUUUCUGCCUACAAAAGUCAUUUCCGGAAUGUUCAUAGUGAAGACUUUGAAAAUAGAAUUCUCCUUAAUUGCCCCUACUGUACCUUCAAUGCAGACAAAAAGACUUUGGAAACACACAUUAAAAUUUUUCAUGCUCCAAACGCCAGCGCACCAAGUAGCAGCCUCAGCACUUUCAAAGAUAAAAACAAAAACGAUGGCCUUAAACCUAAGCAGGCUGACAGUGUAGAGCAAGCUGUUUAUUACUGUAAGAAGUGCACUUACCGAGAUCCUCUUUAUGAAAUAGUUAGGAAGCACAUUUACAGGGAACAUUUUCAGCAUGUGGCAGCACCGUACAUAGCAAAGGCAGGAGAAAAGUCUCUCAAUGGUGCAGUCCCCUUAGGCUCAAGUGCCCGGGAAGAGUGUAGUAUUCACUGCAAGCGAUGCCUUUUUAUGCCAAAGUCCUAUGAAGCUUUGGUACAACAUGUCAUCGAAGACCACGAACGCAUAGGCUAUCAGGUCACUGCCAUGAUCGGACACACAAAUGUGGUGGUUCCCCGAUCCAAACCCUUGAUGCUAAUUGCUCCCAAACCUCAAGAGAAAAAGGGCAUGGGACUCCCACCAAGAAUUGGUGCCCUUGCUUCUGGAAAUGUCCGGUCUUUACCAUCACAGCAGAUGGUGAAUCGACUGUCAAUACCAAAGCCUAACUUAAAUUCCACAGGAGUCAACAUGAUGUCCAAUGUUCACCUGCAGCAGAAUAACUAUGGAGUCAAGUCUGUAGGCCAGGGCUACGGCGUUGGUCAAUCAAUGAGACUGGGUCUAGGUGGCAAUGCACCAGUUUCCAUCCCUCAGCAGUCUCAGUCUGUGAAACAGUUACUCCCCAGUGGAAAUGGAAGAUCUUAUGGCCUUGGGACAGAGCAGAGGUCCCAGGCACCAGCAAGAUACUCCCUACAGGCUGCUAAUGCCUCUUCUCUCUCAUCAGGCCAGUUAAAGUCUCCUUCCCUCUCCCAGUCACAGGCCUCCAGAGUAUUAGGUCAGUCCAGUUCCAAACCUCCUGCAGCUGCCACAGGUCCCCCCCCAGCCAAUACUUCUGCAACUCAAAAGUGGAAAAUUUGUACAAUCUGUAAUGAGCUUUUUCCUGAAAAUGUCUAUAGUGUGCACUUCGAAAAAGAACAUAAAGCUGAGAAAGUCCCAGCAGUGGCCAAUUACAUUAUGAAGAUACACAAUUUUACUAGCAAAUGCCUCUACUGUAAUCGCUAUUUGCCCACAGACACCUUGCUCAACCAUAUGUUAAUUCAUGGUCUGUCUUGUCCAUACUGCCGGUCAACUUUCAAUGAUGUGGAAAAGAUGGCUGCACACAUGCGAAUGGUUCACAUAGACGAAGAGAUGGGACCUAAAACGGAUUCUACUUUGAGUUUUGAUUUGACAUUGCAGCAAGGAAGUCACACUAACAUCCAUCUCCUGGUAACCACCUAUAACCUGAGGGACGCCCCCGCUGAAUCUGUUGCUUACCAUGCCCAGAAUAACCCUCCAGUUCCUCCAAAGCCACAACCAAAAGUUCAGGAAAAGGCAGAUAUCCCUGUCAAAAGUUCACCUCAAGCUGCAGUGCCCUAUAAGAAAGAUGUUGGAAAAACCCUUUGCCCUCUUUGCUUUUCAAUCCUGAAAGGACCCAUAUCUGAUGCACUUGCACAUCAUUUACGAGAGAGGCACCAGGUUAUUCAGACGGUUCAUCCAGUGGAGAAAAAGCUCACCUACAAAUGCAUCCACUGCCUGGGUGUGUAUACCAGCAACAUGACCGCCUCAACUAUCACUCUACAUCUGGUGCACUGCAGGGGUGUCGGAAAGACCCAGAACGGCCAGGAUAAGACGAACGCACCCUCUCGGCUUAAUCAGUCUCCAGGUCUGGCACCUGUGAAGCGCACCUAUGAGCAAAUGGAGUUUCCCUUGCUGAAAAAACGAAAGUUGGAUGAUGACAGUGAUUCACCCGGCUGCUUUGAAGAGAAGCCUGAAGAGCCUGUCGUUUUAGCUUUAGACCCCAAGGGUCACGAAGAUGAUUCCUAUGAAGCCAGAAAAGGCUUUCUAACAAAGUAUUUCAACAAACAGCCCUAUCCCACCAGGAGAGAAAUUGAGAAGUUGGCAGCCAGCUUGUGGUUGUGGAAGAGCGACAUUGCGUCCCAUUUUAGUAACAAACGGAAGAAGUGUGUUCGUGAUUGUGAAAAGUACAAGCCUGGUGUGUUGCUUGGAUUUAACAUGAAAGAAUUAAAUAAAGUCAAACAUGAGAUGGAUUUUGACGCGGAGUGGCUGUUUGAAAAUCACGAUGAGAAGGAUUCCAGAGUCAAUGCUAGUAAGACUGUUGACAAAAAGCUUAACCUUGGGAAGGAGGAUGACAGUUCCUCAGAUAGUUUUGAAAAUUUAGAAGAAGACUCCAAUAGAAGUGGUAGCCCUUUUGAUCCUGUUUUUGAAGUUGAGCCUAAAAUCCCUAAUGAGAACCCAGAGGAGCAUGUACCGAAGAUAAUUCCUGAGGAUGCUUUAGAAUCUGAUGAGAAGCUAGACCAAAAAGAGGAGGAUGGUUCAAAAUAUGAAACUGUUCAUUUGACUGAGGAGCCAGCCAAACUCAUGCAGGACGCCUCUGACAGCGAGGUCGACCAAGAUGAUGUGGUUGAGUGGAAGGACGGGGCCUCGCCCUCUGAGAGUGGGCCUGGCUCCCAGCAGUUGUCGGACUUCGAGGACAACACUUGUGAGGUAAAACCAGGAACCUGGUCUGAUGAGUCUUCCCAGAGUGAAGAUGCCAGGAGCAGUAAGCCAGCUGCCAAAAAAAAGGCUCCCGUGCAAGGUGACAGAGAGCAGUUGAAGUGGAAGAAUAGUUCCUAUGGAAAAGUGGAAGGGUUUUGGUCCAAGGACCAGUCACAGUGGAAGAACACACCAGACAACAGUGAGCGCUUACCUAACCCCCAGAUUGAGUGGCAGAAUAGCACAAUUGACAGUGAGGACGGGGAGCAGUUUGACAACAUGACUGAUGGAGUAGCUGAGCCGAUGCACGGCAGCUUAACCGGAGUUAAACUGAGCAGCCAGCAGGCGUGAGCGCCUGGGAGGCCACAUUGGGGACACGCUGCAGCGGCAGGAACUCUCUUUCAGUCUGACUGCAAAGCUCUUUAACUGGUACUGCCUUGGGAGGACUGGUCAGCAGGCUGUGGGGACACAUGGCCACUGCAGUCCCACUGGUCAUUUCUAAGUCUAUGGCACGUUUGGCUGAUCUCGGCUUCAGAACCUUCUCUGACAGACACGGUAACUAAAUGUGAAAAACCCUAAGCUGGUGGCUCACGAACGCACAUGAGGAAAAGCAGAGGUUUCUUUUAUCUGCCUUUCAAUAUUCCUUUCCCUCUGUACAAUGUUUGGUUGGAUGUCCUUGAGAAGCGUUACCUGAUCCACAUGGUCGUGUAGGGCCAACAUACAAGCUACCAGUCUCAUGUGUACAGUAGACUUGGGGAAAUUGGAUUUUUUUUUUUUUUUUCAUGUAUUCAUUCUGAAUAGUUGAAAUGUAUAUUUGUACAGUCUUUUAGACCUAUUCAAGUGAUGCUUAUGAUAUUGUUAUUGUGUGCCCCAUCAUAGAUUUGUUUCUUUUUUUUAGUGUUGCCCUUGCUGUGUAAUAAAUGCUAUAUCUAGUUUACCUAGCAAAAGCUUGAACCUGCGCUAGUAUGGACCUUUGGACAGACUUAGUUUUUGCACAUAACCUUGUACAAUCUUGCAACAGAGGCCAGCCACGUAAGAUAUAUAUCUGGACUCUCUUGUAUUAUAGAAGUUUUCUUGUUCUGAAUAUCCUUGACAUUACAGCUGUCAAAAACAAAAACUGGUAUUUCAGAUCUGUUUCUGAAACCUUUUAAGCUAAAAAUCACAUCAAGAAUUGACUUUGCAGCUACUAAUUUUGACACCUUUUAGAUCUGUAUAAAAGUGUGUUGUGUUACAGCAGCAGACCAAUGAGUGCUGCCUUUUGGAUAUUUAGUUUAUCUUUAGUUAAGCACCACCCUGGUGCGUUCAUUUAUACCAUCUAAUAUAUGACACACUGUUGUAGUAUGUAUAAUUUUGUGAUCUUUUUUUCCCUUUGUAUUCAUUUUAAGCAUCUAAAUAAAUUGCUGUAUUGUGCUUAAUGUAAAUAUUUGCUUUAUUACCACGACAGACCUGUAUGUCUAUUAUAUAUUGUGCCAUUUGAUGCUAUGGCACUCUUUCAUCAGAGACAGAAGCCACAUUCACCAGGGAAACUUGUGGAAAACUGAGAUCUGCCAUUUACAUAGAGAAUGCUUUCUCUCAAGGCACUUGUUACAGAUUAUUUUGGUUUUGUGUUUUCAGCUGUAAAAGUAUAAACACCCGUUAGUUCUUCGGUUCCCCUUUUGUUAAGGGACAAAGCCUGUGCUCACAUACAUACACACACACAUAUAUGAAUGUCACAAAAGGAUGUAAGCAAAAAUUGGCGUUGAUCUGCAAGCAGAAUCUUAAUGCCCAAUUAGUUUUUUCUUCUAAACGAAUGAAGUGUUACUUUUCACCUCGUCAUGGGAACAGUUGUGCUAAACAGGCCUUUGACUCUUAAUAGGCUUUGGAGAGCCACAUUCAGGGCCUUGAGGUGCAGAGCUGAUACGUUUGCUAUGCAGAUUCCCCAGAGCAACUUGGGCUAAGAGCAGGACUAGUUCAGCAUUUCCAUCCUUGCAAAAAUGAUGGGAUGCUCCAGUCCAUAUCGUGGCAAGUCAGUCACCCCUGGAGACAUUGACUUAAAGAGGUCUAAAGUGGCUGACUUCCAUAACUUUCUAACACUCUCUCCCAAGAAGUAUUCUUGUUGCCUGAGAUGCUCCCUAAAAGAUUAUUAACGCUUCUCAAAAACAAUGCGGGCAGAAGUUUAAGAGUGAACUAAACAUGUAGGGUUUGUGGGGCCAGCACAGAAUUUCUAGAUCUGUUUUACCGCCUAUGUUACAAAAUUGUGUGCAGCCAACAUUGAGGGCAGGGUAGCCCCAAAUUUAAGGUGCUUUAGAUUACCAAGUCAGAAAUAGCAGCUGAAUUGAAGCCAUCUCAUGUUUGUGGGAAUUAACUCUGCCUGAUUUAAACGUGGGAAGAACUGAGCCUGGGUGGGUGUCCUGCAUGCAGAACUAGACACUUGCUCAGUAGCAUGGGUGUGAGUGGCCCAGGGUCUCUGCUGGUUGGACAUUGAGCAGAUGAGGCUGCCUCUUUGCUUUGGUGGUGGAAGGGUCUUCUGCCAUUGAGAGAAUGGUUUCAGCCACUUAAAAAGUUGAAAAUAAACAGACUCCUAACUGGAAUUGUUGCAGAAGCCCUAAAAGUUGUCUCAAUAAAAGCCAUUUAAAAGAAUGUUUGUUGCGGCUGUUUGCUUUUGGAAUAACCUGGUGAUCAUUUAACUUUAAAACCACCUUGCAAUUAGAAUGCCUAGAACUGUAGGCAGAACAAUUCUGCAGAUUUCUAAUAAAGAAACCUAAUUACUCAUCCCAGAGAGCUUUGCUUUUUUGCACUUCAAAUUUUCUUGUAGCAAUGAGUCCCAGAGUCAGACUCAGGACUAAGGUUUCCCUCCCUCUUCAGCACAAACCAAUUUAUUUAAAAUCCCAUCUUUGGUUCUUUGUCAUUGGGCCGGUAUGGGGAGGAGUGUAUCCAACAGCUUUAGGUCCCCUCUUAAGAUCUGAGUAGAAAUGGACUUGUCCCUCUUACUGCCUGUGGCUGUGUCUAUGUGAUCCAAACGCCUGCCCAUUUACUAAGGUGCCCAUUUCAGAAAUGGACCAAAUAAGGGUCUGCUUUUCAAAACCCCUCUGUUAAAGACUGAAAUUCCUCAUCUAAAACACUUGACUAAUUGUCACCAACUGCUGCUUGCCAGGUGAUGGCUGCAGUGCUGAGGAGUCUUCCUAUACUUAUAUCUCAAACUGCCAGCUCUGACCCCUCAAGAUAGGGCCCAAGGUCAUUUCCAUGUGACUGUGCCUCUUAGCCUGCAUGAUGGAAAAUCUGUACCUAAUGAAAUUAAAUAGAACGCACUGUGUCAGCUUUAUAAAGCAAAGUGAGGCACUGGGUUUUCUACCUGCUGUGCCCCGCGUUUCUUAACCACCCCGCGGCUCACCAAGAUGGUAAGGGUUGGUUGCAAGAUUGGCUCACCUAAAUAUUGACAAGGACAUCUCACCCGGACAAAUCUCAAAAAAGACCACAGGAAGGAAAAGUCUGCUCUCAUUAUCCUGAGGUGAUAUUUCCAACAUGACAAUCACCAACUGGUCACCAGGAGAGUCCAGAGAAAAGACAUUGCAGCCCAUACCCUGGGUGGAUCCAGCAGUCUGCUGGGAGGUUGGCUCAAAAUCAAAUCCAAACCUGUGGCACAGGACAGCCACUCUGUGGUGAUUGUCUGCAUGCUGCUACUGCACCAUCAGCUUGCUCCAGCCUGAAUACUGAGCACCCAGUGGGACUUGAAUGUGCUUGAAAUCCCACGACUUAGGUGGGCUUGUGCUCAGAAGUCAAUGUCUGAGGUAAAAGUUGCAUGUAGUCAAAAUUACCACCUGAAAAUCCUCAAGUCCUGAUUUCAAAUGCCCUGUCCAAGACGAGGACCCAGCAGGAAGGUCCAUGGUCCGUGCCAGAACAGAGGCGCUGAAUGGAAUCGGGCAGAAUUCCCCACUGUUGUAGUUUCCUCUUGUGUUUGUGUUGUGUUCAGAAUACAAUGUUCCUGUCCUUCCCCACUCCAGGCCACCAUCUGGCCUUAAGGCCUAAGGCCAUGUAAACCUCAACUGGUUUUUUGCAAUAAAAGUCUUGCUGUACCUUUA